AUGGCAGCCUCGAGGCUGGUGUUGUUGCUGCUGGUUGCAGCUUUCCUGCUGCAUGUGACCACCACGCUGAAGAUCAGUGCUUUCAACAUCAAAGCGUUCGGGGACACCAAGAUGUCCAACCAGACCGUCGCAAGUAUCAUCGUCUCUAUCCUGUCGGAGUACGACAUCAUUCUGGUGCAGGAGGUCCGAGAUGCUGACCUGAGUGCUGUGAAUAACCUCAUGGACCAGCUCAACAGUGCUGGGGAGCACCCAUACAGCUUUUUGGUCAGCAUUCCCCUGGGUCGGACCAGCUACAAGGAGCAGUACCUCUUCAUCUACAGGUCAGACAUGGUCUCUGUGCUGGGAAGCUACUACUAUGAUGAUGGCUGUGAACCCUGUGGGAAUGAUACCUUCAGCAGGGAGCCCUUCAUUGUGAAAUUCUCCUCACCCACCACACAGGUACAGGAGUUCGUGUUGGUGCCUCUGCAUUCCGAGCCUAGCCAUGCAGCACAGGAGAUUGAUGCACUCUAUGAUGUCUACACUGAUGUCAUCAACAAGUGGGGUACUAAUGACAUAAUCCUCCUGGGUGAUUUCAACGCUGACUGCUCCUACGUGACCAACUCCCAGUGGCCGUCCAUCCGCCUGCGCUCCCUCCGCGCCUGCGAGUGGCUCAUCCCUGACAGCGCCGACACCACCGUGGCUGACACCACCAAUUGCGCCUACGACCGCAUCGUCGCCUGUGGCACCGCCCUGCGCCAAGACAUCGAACCUGGUUCCGCCACCGUCAACAACUUCAAGAAGAAAUUCCACCUCCAGAUCAAGGAUGCUUUGGCUGUCAGUGACCAUUUCCCAGUGGAGGUGACCCUGAAAGCCCACUGA